UUUUGCUACUUCACUUGAGGCCCCUAAAAUUCGUUAAAAAUUCUCUGGCUCUCUUAUGCUGUUUCUCAAUAACAACAUUAGGGAAGCUGAACUUAUUAUUGUCUUGCAUUGACAUAUUCUUGAUUUGUUCUGGUUCUUCACAGUAUUGAACACUGCCUACACUACCAUCUUUCAUUCCAUUUCCAUGGAGAUCAUUCGCGGUAUUUUAGCCAUUUGCAUUGCAGUGUCCUUUCUGCUUUAUAAUUCCAGCAAUGUAGAAGGAAGGUCCCGUUACCACAAGCCAAAGAACAAAAGCUCCAAAAAUCCAGAGCCCCCUGUUUCUCCAACCCCUUAUAAUGCCCCAGAUCCUCAAAACCCCACUGCCCCUUCAUCUCCUUCUAAUUCUCCUUCAAUCCCUUCAGACCCUUAUCCGAACGAUCCUGGAAACACAAGUUCAGACUACAUUUUCAAUGUCAUGGAUUAUGGGGCAGUUGGUGACGGUUCCACUGAUGACACUAAUGCAUUCAGGCAGGCCUGGAAAGAAGCUUGUGGAGUGGAAUCUGGUGUUAUUCUGGCUCCUUCAGGUUAUUCUUUCAUGAUCACUUCAACUAUUUUCUCAGGUCCAUGCAAGCCAGGAAUUGUGUUUCAGGUGGAUGGGUGCCUAAUGCCGCCGGAUGGACCGGAUUCCUGGCCAGAGAAGGAUAGCACGCAGCAAUGGCUUGUGUUUUAUCGACUUGACGGUAUGACUCUCACAGGAGAAGGAACCAUUGAAGGAAAUGGAGAGAAGUGGUGGGAUCUACCCUGCAAACCUCACCGGGGUCCUAAUGGAUCGACAUCAAAAGGACCAUGUGUUAGCCCUGCGUUAAUUCGGUUCUUCAUGAGCUCCAAUUUGGAAGUCAGUGGCUUGAAAAUCCAAAACAGUCCUCAAUUCCAUAUGAAAUUUGAUGGCUGUGAAGGUGUUUUGAUAAAAAAACUGUCCAUAUCUUCUCCUAAACUCAGCCCCAAUACUGAUGGGAUCCACAUAGAGAACACCAAGGCUGUUGGCAUAUACGAUUCUUUCAUUAGCAAUGGUGAUGAUUGCAUAUCAAUCGGAACAGGAUGCUCGAAUGUGGAUAUUGAUGGUCUCACUUGUGGUCCCAGUCACGGGAUUAGCAUUGGAAGCCUAGGAGUACACAAUUCCCAGGCAUGCGUAAGUAACAUAACCGUCCGAAAUACAAUAAUAAAAGAAUCAGACGAUGGGCUAAGGAUCAAGACAUGGCAGGGCGGCACGGGUUGUGUAUCAGACAUAAACUUUGAAAACAUCCAAAUGGAGAAUGUUAGGAACUGCAUUAUCAUAGACCAGUACUACUGCCUAUCAAAGGCUUGUCAAAAUGAGACCUCAGCUGUCUAUGUCACAGGCGUGACAUACAGGAACAUUAAGGGCACAUACGAUGUUAGAACCCCACCAAUACACUUCGCCUGUAGUGACACAGUAGCCUGCACCAAUAUACUGCUAUCAGAGGUCGAGCUUCUCCCUGAAGAAGGUGAGUUGGUGGAUGAUCCAUUUUGUUGGAAUGCUUAUGGAACUGAAGAAACAGUGACUAUUCCUCCCAUAAAUUGCUUACGAGAAGGAGAGCCUGAGGGUCUACGAGAGAUCUCCUCUUAUGGUUGCUAAGAUAGUAAAUUUGCUUAAGAGAAGUAGCAGUUUUGGUUAUUACAUAUAUACUAUUGUAUAAUAUAGGAUGUGUGGUGUGCUACAGAGCUCAGGAUCCAUUAUUAUCUUGUCUUUGGGUCUCGAUUGUUGCUGAGGCUCCAUCCCUGUUAAGGGCAUUUUGCCCUUAUUGUGUGAUGAUGUAGUGCUGUCAAUAGAUGGGAAUGGAUUUUCCAUUUUUACA